UUUGCCUGUCAAUUUGUUGUAUUGUAUCCCCACAGGGCUAUUCCAUUCACCAAUCAUCUUCAUUCACCUCCUCCAACCCAUCUUUCUCUCUCUCUCAGAGGGACCCUUUUGGUUGCCACUGGUCUAAGAAAUUAACCGACAUACGUAGGAGAAGAAUUUCACUCCAAAAAUUUGGAACAAUUUAUAUAUAUACUUAAAUAAUGAAGAUAGACAAGUAAAAGAUAAGUUCAGAAUCUAUAACCCCCAAUCCAUCAAAAACAGAAUCUAUAGCCCACAAAUGAAAUGUAUUUUUUUCUUGCUAAUAAUGGCGUAAAAUCCCCUCCUCAUAAAACCAAAAAGUGAAGGGAAGGAAAUAGAUAAGAUUAAUUACGGUCUACAGUGGCCUGUGUGCUGAGAGGGAGAAAGAGAAAGGGGAGAGAGAAAGAUAGUAUUUUUUUUUUUUUCUGGGAUUUUGGGGUUGGUGAAUUCUUUUCUUUUUUUUCUUUUCUUUUCUUUCCUUUUCUUUUCUUUCUUUUUUUUUUUUUUUUUUGGGAAGAUGUCAGGUGGUGGGUGUAGCAUAGUAUGGUUCAGGAGAGAUCUGAGGGUAGAAGAUAACCCAGCCCUUGCAGCUGGAGUUAGAGCAGGUGCUGUGGUUGCUCUCUUUGUAUGGGCACCUGAAGAAGAAGGCCAUUACUAUCCUGGAAGGGUUUCAAGGUGGUGGCUCAAACAAAGUUUGGCUCAUCUUGAUUCCUCUUUGAGAAGUCUUGGUACUUCUCUCAUCACCAAGAGAUCUACUGACAGUGUUUCUUCUCUACUUGAGGUUGUUAAGUCCACUGGUGCUACUCAACUAUUCUUCAACCACUUAUAUGACCCCUUGUCACUUGUUAGAGAUCAUCGGGCAAAGGAGUUUUUAACUGCUCAAGGGAUAGCUGUACGUUCCUUUAAUGCGGAUCUGCUCUACGAACCAUGGGAUGUCAAUGAUGCCUACGGUCGCCCAUUCACAACCUUUGCAGCUUUCUGGGAAAGAUGCCUUAGCAUGCCAUUUGACCCGGAGGCACCGCUUCUUCCACCUAAGAGAAUAUUUUCAGGUGAUGUAUCAAGGUGCUCCUCUGAUCCAUUAGCGUUUGAAGAUGAAUCAGAGAAGGGAAGCAAUGCACUUCUUGCUCGAGCAUGGUCUCCUGGGUGGAGCAGUGCUGAUAAGGCCUUGACAACGUUCAUUAACGGACCGCUAAUUGAAUAUUCAAAAAAUCGCAGGAAGGCUGAUAGUGCCACAACAUCAUUUCUCUCUCCACAUUUGCAUUUUGGAGAGGUAAGUGUGAGAAAAGUCUUCCAUCUUGUUCGAAUCAAGCAGGUUUUGUGGGCCAAUGAAGGAAACAAGGCUGGUGAAGAGAGUGUGAACUUGUUUCUAAAGUCUAUUGGUCUUAGGGAAUAUUCAAGAUACUUGAGUUUUAAUCAUCCUUACAGUCAUGAAAGACCCCUUCUUGGGCAUCUGAAGUUCUUUCCUUGGGUUGUGAAUGAGGGAUAUUUCAAGGCUUGGAGGCAAGGUAGAACUGGCUAUCCCUUGGUGGAUGCUGGCAUGAGAGAGUUGUGGGCAACUGGCUGGCUGCAUGACCGGAUACGAGUGGUAGUUUCUAGUUUCUUUGUAAAGGUUCUGCAACUACCAUGGAGGUGGGGAAUGAAGUAUUUCUGGGACACACUCUUAGAUGCAGAUCUGGAGAGUGAUGCUCUUGGUUGGCAAUAUAUAUCUGGUACUCUCCCUGAUGGUCGUGAAUUUGACCGCAUAGAUAAUCCACAGUUUGAGGGUUACAAAUUUGACCCUAAUGGAGAAUAUGUCCGAAGGUGGCUUCCUGAACUUGCUAGACUGCCAACUGAAUGGAUACAUCACCCUUGGAAUGCACCAGAAUCUGUACUCCAAGCUGCUGGUAUUGAACUGGGAUCAAACUAUCCUCUUCCCCUUGUAGAAAUAGAUGCUGCAAAAGCCAGGUUGCAAGAAGCACUGACAGAGAUGUGGCAGCUAGAAGCAUCUUCAAGGGCUGCAAUUGAGAAUGGAACGGAGGAAGGACUUGGAGACUCCUCUGAGUCAACCCUAAUUGCCUUUCCUCAAGACAUUCAAAUGGAAGAAAAUCAUGAAUUGCCAAGGAACAAUCCUCCUACUACACGGUGCUACGAGGAUCAGAUGGUUCCAAGCAUGACUUCUUCUUUGGUAAGAGUUGAAGAGGAAACUUCUAUGGGUCUUCGAGUUUUGGCAGAAGAGAGCAGGGCAGAAGUGCCAGCAGAUGCAGUUGUGAACCAAGAACCAAGAAGAGACCUAUUAAACCAAGGGACCAUGCAGACUAUUCAUAGAAACACUCUGCCACAUCACAAUACACCUGGCCUGCAACAUGCUGUUGAAGAUUCCACCGCAGAAUCUUCCAGUAGUACUAGGAGAGAAUGGGAUGGAGGUAUCGUUCCAGUUUGGUCUCCUUCACCUUCUAGUUACUCAGAGCAGUUUGUGGGUGAUGAAAAUGGCAUUGGAACAAGUUCAUCUUAUUUGCAGAGACAUCCUCAGUCUCAUCAAAUAAUGAAUUGCAGGCAGUUAUCUCAAACUGGGUAAAAAAAUAUGUAUAAAAGAGUAUUAAAGGCUAGGAGGUGGAAACUGCAAUGUCACUGAUUUUACGGGCAGUGGGGAAGUGAACUCCUGCUGCGCAUACAUCUUUCUCCACCUUUUCUCCUUCGCCUGUUUGACCCGAAUAGCAGCUAACCUCCUGUGUAUGUGAUAUUCCUAAUUGAUAAAGGCAGCUCAUCGGCUAUCCAUUUUCCUUUUCUUAUUGUACCAUAUAUGUAGCUCUGCUGUAUAGUGAACACUAUUCUCAUAAGUGGGGAGUAGAGAAAAUGGUAUUUUAAGUCCUAGAAUAAACCCAGGUUUGUGAUUUCUCAUUAUACUAAGCAGAUAUUCUAUCAUAAUUUGAGUUACCCA